AUCUUCGGGGUCACUGCGUACAGCCUCGGUGUCUCUCUUCAGUAAAAAUGGAUGGGAAAGCAGAUGUGAAGUCCCUCAUGGCGAAGUUUAACUCGGGGAGCCAUCCGGUGGAGGAGGUCUCGGGCAACCACCGGCCCUUCAAAGUCGCAGCCCAAAACUCGCCUUCAGGAAUACAAGCGAGAAAGAACUUGUUUGACAAUGCCACCGGAAAUGUCACCCCUUCAGCAGGACCCGGCAACGUGCCCAAGCUUGGGACUCCAAAGCCACCUUUGGCAGUGAAACCUACUUUUGAGGAAAAGCCUGACAAGGAGCCCAAACCUCCCUUUUUAAAGCCUACUGCAGUGGCUCAAAAAUUCGGAACGCUGACAAACUCGGUCACCAGAGACCCUGACACAAAAGUGGGAUUUCCAAAACCUGGAGGCCUCAAGCCCAUCAAUCUGCCCAAAGAAGAGUCCAAACCUGUGCUUCCCCGGCCCCCUGGGAAUAAGCUGCCACUUCACAGUGUGAACCAAGACCAAGAUGUGAAGACGCAAGUACCAAAGCCUGGGCCUCCUCCUCCAGCUACAGAAAAUGAACAGAGACAAGCAUUCCCCAAGGUGGCCGGGCCUAAAGCCAAGUUUAUGCCAGCCGCACAAGACCACGAUGCCAAACCCCUCUUCCCCAAGCCAACCAUUGGUCAGAAGCCAGCCCUGGGCCCUGAGAACCCCCAAGAAGAUGAGAGCCUCCCUAAGACUGUGUUUGCCCAGAGAGGAUUCCCCACACCCCUCGGAGCCAAGUCCAAGGGAGGCCCUUUAAAACCAACAAGGGAAGACUCAGAAAGUAAAGGCCAUGGAGGUGAUAUGUCGAGUUCUCCAUUUGCUGGAGUUGUUCUGAAACCUGCUGGAAACCGAGGAAGCCCAGGCCUCUCCAGAAAUGGUGAAGAAAAUAAAGAACACAGGAAGAUAGAUGCUGCUAAAAAUAUCUUCCUCAGCAAAAUGAAUCAGGAAGAGCCAGCAUCAGGGGCUGCUCCCUCCAGGUUUCCUAAGGUUCCUUCCAAGGUGACAGUGGGGGGCCCCUGGGCCCAAAAUCAAGAGAAAGAAAAAGAAGAUAAAAAUCCAGCAGUCCCAAGGCAGAAACCAUUGCCUCCUUUGUCUGCCUUGGGUCCACCUCCACCCAAACCCAACAGACCACCCCACGUUGACUUGGCGAGAUUCCGAAAAGUCGAUUCUGCAAAUAGUAUCAGCAAAAGCCAGACAUCUUACUCUACAACUUCCCUACCACCAACUCCAUCAUCCCAGCGACCCAGCCAGCCUCCCUUGCCAGCAUCUCACCCAUCACAGCCUCCAGCCCCAAGCCUCCCUCCCAGAAACAUUAAGCCUGCCUUUGACCCAAAAAGCAAUAUAAAUGAAGAAAGUCAGGAUGGCAUCAUGCACGCUGAAGGUACUGGAAUUCUAGAGGAGGAGCAAGAGAGUGAAGGAGAAACGUAUGAAGACAUAGAAGCCUCCAAAGAGCGAGACAAGAAACGGGAAAAGGAAGAAAAGAAGAGAUUAGAGCUAGAAAGAAAGGAACAGAAAGAAAAAGAGAAGAAAGAACAAGAGCUAAAGAAAAAAUUUAAACUAACAGGCCCUAUUCAAGUCAUCCACCAGGCAAAAGCUUGCUGUGAUGUCAAAGGAGGAAAGAAUGAACUGAGCUUCAAGCAAGGAGAAGAAAUUGAAAUAAUUCGUAUCACUGACAACCCAGAAGGAAAGUGGUUGGGCAGAACUGCAAGAGGGUCUUAUGGCUAUAUUAAAACAACUGCAGUAGAGAUUGAUUAUGAUUCUUUGAAAAGAAAAAAAUCUUCUUUCACUACUCUUCCCUCAAGACCCGUUGAAGAUGACCAAGAAGUAUAUGAUGAUGUUGCUGAGCAGGAUGCUAAUAACAGUCAAAAUCAGAGUGGAAGUGGAGAAGGAGCGUUCCCACUUCCACCAGAUGACAUUUAUGAUGGGAUAGAGGAGGAAGAUGGUGGCGAUUGUUCCGCGCCACAGGUUGAAGAGAAGAGUAGCACGUGGUCCUGGGGAAUUUUGAAGAAGUUAAAGGGAAAAGAUGACAAAAAGAAAAGUGUACGAGAGAAACGUAAAGUCUCUGAGUCAGACAAUAAUGAAGGUUCAUCUUUCCCUUCUCCUCCUAAACAAUUGGAGAUGGGAGAAGAAGUGUAUGAUGAUGUGGAUGCUUCUGACUUCCCUCCUCCGCCAGCAGAGAUGAGGUAA